UUCAUCUGCUUAUCCCACAAAAACGAUGUCGUUUUCUGUUCUAAGUAGCAACUGAAAUACUCGAACGCAUUAUUUUUCGUACUACCCGCUAUUUUGGGGUAGUUGCCAUCAUAGCCGCCGCCACCGCCAGCACCACCACGACUACCAGCGGCUUCGGCCAUCGUAACUUGCUCUUGAAGGAUUGUUCUUUUUUCACUUGCUUGGGUAAACGGAACUAUUCUGCAAUGGAGGGGGUGGCAUUCGCUUCGUUUACAAGCUUCGCAACAAAAUCUUUGCUCUUUUCUUCUCUGUCACCAUCUUCUAUCAUAACCCAUCGCCAAAAGAGUCAGAAAAAUACUCUAAAGACAAUAUCUCCCCGAAACCUUGUUAUCCGCGCUUCAUCUGCUUCUAGUUCUGGUUCAGUUGUGACGUUGCUUGAUUAUGGAGCUGGAAAUGUUCGGAGCUUAAGGAAUGCGAUUCGCUACCUUGGGUUCGAGAUAGAGGAUGUGCGAACUCCAAAAGACAUUUUGAAUGCAGAUCGCCUUAUCUUUCCUGGUGUUGGGGCCUUCGCUUCAGCCAUGGAUGUAUUGGUCAAGACAGGGAUGGAUGAAGCACUGUGUACCUAUAUAACAAAUGACCGCCCAUUAGGCAUUUGUCUUGGACUUCAACUACUUUUCGAGUACAGUGAAGAGAAUGGACCAGUCAAGGGUCUUGGUUUGAUACCUAGUGUGGUUGGGCGGUUUAACUCUUCUAAUGGUUUUAGAGUACCCCAUAUUGGCUGGAAUGCUUUGCAAAUUGCAAAAGAUGAAAUUUUGGAUGAAAUUGGAGAUCGUCAUGUCUACUUUGUUCACUCUUAUCGAGCCAUUCCAUCAGAUGAUAACAAGGAAUGGGUUUCAUCUACAUGCAAUUAUGGUGAUGAUUUUAUUGCAUCUAUCAGAAAGGGAAAUGUGCAUGGAGUGCAGUUCCAUCCAGAGAAGAGUGGAGAUGUUGGUCUUUCUGUAUUGAGAAGGUUCUUACAUCCAAAUUCGCAGGGGACAAAGAGUCCUACUCAAGGGGAGGCUUCAAAACUUGCUAAGAGGGUUAUUGCUUGUCUUGAUGUUAGGACAAAUGAUAAAGGGGAUCUGGUUGUAACCAAAGGCGACCAAUAUGAUGUAAGAGAGCAAACAAAAGAGAAUGAGGUGAGAAACCUUGGCAAGCCAGUAGAGCUUUCUGGACAGUAUUACAAAGAUGGGGCUGAUGAGGUUAGUUUUUUGAACAUUACUGGCUUCCGAGACUUCCCAUUAGGCGAUUUACCAAUGUUGCAGGUAUUAAGACACGCUUCACAAAAUGUUUUUGUCCCACUAACAGUUGGUGGUGGUAUACGAGAUUUUACAGAUUCAAAUGGCAUGUACUAUUCUAGUUUGGAAGUUGCUUCAGAGUAUUUUAGGUCUGGGGCUGAUAAAAUUUCCAUUGGAAGCGAUGCAGUUUAUGCAGCAGAAGAAUAUUUAAAAACCAAAGUAAAGACAGGAAAGAGCAGCUUAGAACAAAUUUCUAGAGUUUAUGGGAAUCAGGCAGUAGUUGUAAGCAUUGAUCCUCGUCGAGUGUACGUUAAAAGUCCUAAUGAUGUUAAAUUGAAGACUAUACAGGUCACAAAACCAGGUCCGAAUGGAGAAGUGUAUGCUUGGUAUCAGUGUACGGUUAAUGGUGGACGGGAAGGUCGACCAAUUGGAGCUUACGAGCUUGCAAAAGCAGUUGAAGAACUGGGAGCUGGAGAAAUACUGUUGAACUGCAUUGAUUGUGAUGGUCAAGGAAAAGGAUUUGAUAUAGAUUUAAUAAAUUUGAUAUCAGAUGCUGUUAGCGUCCCUGUGAUUGCAAGUAGUGGUGCUGGUGCUGUCAAGCACUUCUCGGAGGUAUUCACUAAAACAAAUGCGUCAGCAGCUCUAGCUGCUGGCAUUUUUCAUCGGAAGGAAGUUCCCAUUCAGUCUGUAAAAGGACACUUGUUGAAGGAAGGCAUUGAAGUAAGGAUCUAAUAAUAUCUGCCGACUUGUAGAUUAAGCGCUUGAAAUUUUAUUCAUAAAGUCAGGAAUGAUAGAAAUUUUCAAACAUUUUAAAUCUCAUCUGCUUUGUAUAUUUCAAUGCAUUUUUGCAGUUUUGGGAUUGAUUUCAAAAUGUUUUUUUCUUUUUCUUUUUCUUUUUCAAAUGUAUUCAGCAUGAAUUAGAAGUUUAUGAGUGAAGCAUUCCUAGGAUUGGCAAUUUUAAAUGUUCAGAAACUCAGCUGUGUUCUCUGUUCUCUUUUGCUUUUGUUGUAAAAAUUUACCGUCUGCUUCUUUGUAAACGGCAAACUUGUGAAGCUAGAAAAUUUCUGUAAA